AUGUGAAACAGACAGGGAGUGUCCAUACAAGUACUACUGCCACAGCGGCGAGGGCCACAAAUCAUGUCUCAAGUGCAGAAAAUCGCAUCGUCGCUGCCAUAGCAACAAGAUGUGUUGUCAAGGAAACACGUGUGUAGAAGGCCGCUGCAUCCCCCACCAGUUCCGUUUCGACGAGGCAUAUAACACCGCCGUGCAGAACUUCGAAUCGGAGGUGGAAGAAGAGGAGAGCUUUAUCCAAGACACCAAGUACAAACUGAGAAAAGCUCGUGAGGGUGAGCAGUGUUCUUCGUCGGUACAGUGCGAGGAUGGUUUGUGCUGUGCUCAGCAUCUCUGGUCCAAGAUCUGUAAGCCCAUGUUGGAAGAGGGUGAUAUCUGUACCAAAAAGAGGGACCGUCUCACCGACGUAUUCCAACGAUGUGAAUGUUCAGAAGGUCUUUCCUGCAAGAGAGAUUCUGUUGCCCAACGACGUCUCCACGUCUGUCAAGCCGUCAAACACCGAUCGAGUGGCACAAGCACAGAACGGGAUGGCGCAGAGGGCGCUUUGCGGGAUGAAACCUCAGCACAGCGAGAAAGAUUAUUAUCACUUCCUGUCGAAAAGAUCAGGCCGCUUCCAAGCAAGAACGACGGCGAUCUUCUCGGCUACCUUUCGGCGGAAUCAGGCGAGAAGCUCUUCGACCUCGCUAGUAGAGGCGAGCGGUGGAUAAUGCCUUUGGGGCGGCCGCCGGCGAAAUUGAAAGGCACGGCGUACAGGGACACAACCGAAAUUACGCGUACGGAACAAACCGAUAUUGAGGCAAGUCAGUUAACUGUAUUAUGAUCGCUAUGAUCCUUACGAUGACUUGACGAGGUAGCAAGAUGGUGAGAUGCAAAUGGUAUGAUGAGCAUCUUGCGCAAAAUGAUGAGAGGAUAAUCACAAUAUGAUGAGGAAGACAAUCAUAGUACGGGCGCCAGACCUUUGACGAUGAGUCGGGACAGUCAGACAUGCUAAUUGGAAAAGUAAACCUUACUCCUUGAUGAAGCCGUUGCACUGCCGAACUCUCCCUGUCUGUCGCCGCUCUUUAAAAUCUCCUCAAGCGGUGGUGUCGCCACACAAAUAUCUCGGUGGAUCGUUCCACUUCAUGAAAAUAUAGAUAAAACUAUGAUUGGUGUGGGAUGGAUUAAACAAGCGAGUUAUAAGAGAAUCGUUUGUCGGUCAUGAUGAGCCAAAUCAUGGUAUCUGUUUAACUAAAUUGAUAAUACAUGGGACAUGUUGCGAUGUAUAAAUUGGAGGUCCAACAUGACCUUUCAAAAACGAAAGCAAAAUCUGGUAUUACGUUUACUUUGAAAACCCGAAGUGUGAAGAGUUAAAUUGUCAUUUCUAAAUGGCCAAACACUGACCUCACUCCCAAUAGGUAAUAGGUGGAUAAACACCUUUAACAUGCUAGAUGCAAUAGUCUGAAUCUAUUAUGUUAAAAGUACUUGUCUUCCAUUUUGAAACGAAAACUUGUCACUUCUCAUACCUUGGUGAAAGAACACGUCAUUUUCUAUGGUUAAAUAUUCUAUAUGGAGCAUUUCAGCGGGUUUUUUUUUCUUACAGUUAAAUAUCAAAGGUCACAAAAUAUGUCUAGGCAUUCAACAUGUGAAAAUGCGAAUAUUAAUGAAUAUGAAAAUGCAUUUUCGUAUUCAGAUUGUUUGAUAGAUUAUUGUGAGAUACAUAACUAUCAUUGGCUAUAGGGAAGUCAGUCUCUGCGUCAAGUUUGCAUUCUUUAAUAAAAGCAGAAAAUGAGAGAUUAAUAUAUCGAUCAAAGUUUAACGGAACUCAAUAGAUAAUAAGGUUAUGAUGUUACUUUAGAGCUGCUCCCCCUUAAUAUCACGUACUUUAAUUCCAUAAAUUGCAUUCUUAAUGAUUUAUUGUUAAUCAGUCGAUCCCUUUUCAGGGAAACGUGAACGAGCAAAUUGUCAGAAACUGUAUUUUGAUGCCCAGCAUAGUUUGUGGUUUUCUGUAUUGGUCACACAGUAACAGUGAAUCGUCGUAUGGAAAAGCAGCUCCAAAGUAUCAUCAUGAUAAUUGAAACUAGAAAAAUUCUUAACUUUUUUUAUCCUUAGUUUUCUAUUUUCCUCGAACUUUCAUUGAUAUUUUUCUCCUUAUUUUCAACGUCUUUGUAAACAUGCUAAAAGCAAGAUGGACGUCCCUUGUACAAUUGAGACAUUUUGCAUUUAUCAAUGUAGAAUGUGAUGAAAGAUCUUGUGCAUCAAGGAAAAGGAAAUAUGACAUUAACCUUUAAUAUUCAAGUUUACAGAAGUUGAUUCAAAUACGUAUUCAGAUAUUAAUAUUUGUUAUUGGCGUUUUAGUCAUUGCACAGGUUAAACUAAUUAUGUGACAUGGAUGACCAGUGUGUGACGUAACAGCAUCAAUCAUGUGAUCUCUCUUUAUUGAUCUCACGUGACGUCGUGUCAGGUGAUGUAACUGUCACGUGAUUACUUGAACAUGUUGUAUCCGAUCCGACAGUAAUUAUAAGUUUGAUUUCGUAUUGUUGUGGAGCAAUAUAGAGUUAACCUAUUAUAUGAGCAUAUGUAUUAUUUUUCUUUUUGUAAAUAACACGGGUAAAAUAUUUCUAUAUCGAUGUUAACAUCAUAUUGGAACGAAUCUGCUUAUGGUUUUUCGAAAAAAAACUAUUUAUGAUUCCAAUAAGAGCUUUAGUAACACAUUUUUAUGGUUUUUUUUCUAUUUAUGUACUUUCUAACAAGCUGAUAUAAUUACAUAGACAUGAGGCUGUUCUACAUGCUUAAAGCAUGUACUUAUCUUAAAUAUCAUAUCAUUCGUAAUAUUUGUUAGACUGUUAGAACGCUAACUCUUGUUAUGAUUUUAUUUAACGCUUUAGUUAUUUAUAUUUUCUAGACGAUGUCAGUCUCGAUGGAGACCGAGUUAGUCGUUCUGUGUAAAGAUCCUAGAACAAUUAUUGAAAGUGACACCGUUGCGUCGAACCCUUUCAAAUUUUCAUUGCUAUUGUUAGAAUUGUUUAGUUUUUGUUAGAUGUGUUUGUUUUUCUCAACCUGGUUUAUCAGAAGAUAUAAAUCUAUCAUUUGUUCUCAAUCAUCAUAAUCAGAGAAUCACACUUUCCUUGUUUGCAUCUACUGCCGAGGUUAAUUUCCCGUUCAACAGUCUGAUAUUUUCAAGUUAUUGUUAGAUUAUUUCAAAAAGUAUAUUUUGUUUAUUUUAAGUUUUGCAUUGAAAAAGUGAAUACGGUGUUUUUUGUGCUUGUCUUACGUUCAUGAAACAAUGUAAAAUCACGAAAGGGUAACGAUUUAAUGUGACGAUGAUACAUCGCUUAGAAUGGGUUAAAGUGAUUGGUUAACAUUGUUUUGACUUUUUAAAAAUCUGAGCUAGAAGGUCACACUUGUCACCUGUGUCUGUGAAAUGUUACAAAAAAUGAAGCCCAGAAAAAAUUGCGUUCGAAAAUAAUUAUUUAGUGCUUCAAAAAUUGAAAUAUAAAGUGACCGAAAACACCAUCUUAAUUUCAUCCCAUACACUUAUGUGUACUAUUUAGGCGUCUAUAAGACGCCUAUUUACAAAAUCGGGGUUUGCGUUGUAGUUUUAGCUUUUCAUUCUCAAUAAUGGUUGUUUUCAGGGUUUAUUAGUUCUAAUACAUGCACUUGUACACAUGUUUCAUCUUGGUUUGAGAAUUUUUUAAAUCGGCUGCUCACAAAGUUAAACAAUACCUUUAAGCGACUGAGCAAUUGUGGUUAGGAACACUUUAUUGACCAUGAUUGCAAUGAAAAGCUAUUACAUUAAUAGUUAUUGGACACGAAUUGCAAGCAAAAAGAGGUGAAAAGUGAUGAUUUAAUGGCAUCGGAAAUAUCUAUUUCUUGUCAUUAUCACCUUGGCAGUGGCCUUUUCCCUUUUCUUUGUUUCAGAAAAGUUGGCUUCAGGACUCGGCUAAAGAUUUUAAUAGCUUCCCCUAGCCACACCCUUCACCGUGAAAAUUAUUCGUGUUAGUCUCCGAUCCAUGCUUUUAAAUUUCACAUCGCCAUUAUACCUAACCCAUAAUUCAAUAUUUUGUAAUGUGACGUUUAAAAAAAUAAUUGAGAUUGAUCGCUGGGGUUUAUUUUCAUAAUAAUUCAGUGAAUGAAAAUUCGAAGUUUGGAGUUGCAUUUGAUGUGGGUUUUCUUUUAAAAAAAAAAUGAAUAUUUGUUUUCCGAAAGGUUACUUUUCGCUGCCAACGCUGUGCGUUAAUCGACCACACCCUAAAUUUCGUCACCAAUUUACCCUGAAAUUCAUGGAUAACGUUUAUAUCCUGAUCCCUUUUUGGUUCAAAAUGAAAUAGUUGAAGUGUGACACAUUUUAUAAUUAAUCUAAGUUAAACGACAUAUGAAAUUUAAAAAAAUGGUUUUGAUAUCCCCCAUCGGACUAAUGACAUAUAUUGAAAUUGCAAACUAAUAUCAUUUCCAAUGACAG